CCUGUGCCAGGUGCAUGGCUGUUCCAAGAUGUCAUUCAAUUUAUCUAAAGCAAUAUCGCUCGCUACUGCUAAGCACUGUUCAGCUUAGCAAGGACACAAAGACAUGUCCAGAUGUAGAGUUUAAUGGUCUAUUGAAGAAUGUUCAAGGUCCUCAAAAGCCGUGCAGAGAACAAGAAACAUAUUAUGACGCUUGUGGCAAGCGUUGCACGUGUAUCAAAGGCCAGUUCAACUGCUAUCGAGUUCGCAAAGAGUUCACCCAAAUGAGCUUUGAGGAACGUCGAAGAUACAUUAAUGCUUUCUACAAGGCAACAACUGAUCUUCGUUACAAGGAUGAUUUCGAAGCAAUUCUCAUUGAGCAUUCAUUCAUUCCAAGUACAUAUCUCCAUCACAUGCCUCAGAUCUUCUUCCCAUGGCAUCGAUGGUUCCUGACGAAAGUUGAAAACUUUCUUCGACAGAUUGACUGCCGUAUAACCAUUCCUUUCUUCCAGUGGACUGCAGCAUCAGGACAUCUUUGGAGGACUACUGAACCCACAGAUGUAUGGAACAGCGGUCCUCAGGGUCUUGGCGGCAACGGCGUCCCACCUUCCUAUUGCGUACAGGACGGAAAGUUCAGAGAAGGUUCCUGGCAUUUACCUAUCAGUAAAGGAGGCGGUUGUUUACAAAGGAACUUUAACCUCUCCUGCCAUCUUUACGACGAGGAUUUCCUUCACAAGACCCUGAGCCUCAACAAUUUCACUGCUUUUGAAUAUAUCGUCAGGGAGAAGUUUCAUAAUGAUUACCACGACUGCGUCGGCGGACUAAUGCACCACAACUUUGCUUCAAGCAAUACGCCUGAGUUUUACCUUCACCACGGCUUCAUGGAUAAAAUUUGGAGUGAGUGGCAGAAGAAGGGGAACAGCUACAAGUACCAAUAUUAUGUAUCGAUUAACACAAGGAUGCCAAAGGCUGAACGAUACCCCUGGGAAUUCCUUGACAAUGAUAAUCUCCCUGGUAACAUAAAGAUCACUUAUGAAUCAUUUUGAGUUCAUUUACCGCGUUUUCCAAUCGCACGCGCGAAAUCGUACGAUUUGUAGUCGAUUUCAGUGCAAAAUCUUGACGACAAAAGUCGCGCGCGACAUGGAAAUCGGGCGAUGGAGUGACUGCUGUCAAUCAAAUAAAAUCGUUAGAGUAGGUUCCCAUUAGCCUCAGUACGUACUCUGCCCGCGAUGUAUUAGAUUGACAUUUAAGUCUAUUGCAGAUUUAUUCUGUCGCAACGUUCGUUACGAUUACCGUGUAGCGAUGAAAACUGAUAACAACUAUAUUUACCUUAAAUAUACGUCACUAUAUAAUUAUAAUGCAAAAAGAAUUAACUAAAAAUAUUUAUUAAAAGAUAAUGUCUUUAACUCGGUUUUGAUAUCAAACAUUCAGUGUCGUAUUUCCCUGUGUCUGUUGUCUGCGAGGCAGACCCACGAGUUAGCAUCGUCCCCGUAUCCUUCCUCGAUCUUCCAAAGUUUUUUUGUUUUUUUUACUUGUCCUUUUUUUUUCUUUUCUUUUCUUCUUCAAAAAUGUUCAUGUGGAAUUCGUCAUAAAACGACGGCCUUUUCAGUGUUUGCCGCUUUUCCGCACAAUCCAAAUAUGGAAUUGAUCAUAACAUAUAUGGAGUGAGCUUUCUCUACUCCAACUUCGACACUAACAUAUAGAGUAAAGCUUGAUAUGGAAUGCUGCAACAGUUUAUGCCAAUUUAAUAUGUUCGGGAAUAGAGUUCGAUAAUCGUAGUCCUGAAGAGGAUAAAGCACGACCAUCAUACUGCAUGAUGUCUUAGAUUUGCUGGUUGGGAUGCAUAAAACCGGUUCCAAAGUAUUUUGGGAUUUUCCAUUUUAGAAAAUAAUGAUUUAGAAUGGUUUUAUUAGCCAAACUAGCAUGCCAAUGGAUGAACUGCCAUUCGUUGUUUAUCAAUUUUUUUAAACACUAGCAAACUUCAGCGAAAAUUCAAUUUUUUUGGUUUGAAAACCUAAGAGAGGCACUUUGGAAGCUACUUCAAUAAAUAGGCAAUAAGCAAGUAUGGUUCUCCUUUACUUUAAUCAACACACAAAAUAUCUGUGUUUACAAUAUGUACAUUAUGAAGGCAUGGAUAAGGAUAAACAAAAUGAAGGGUUUUUCAGU